ACGUGUAUUGUAGAUCUCGGUAUCGUUUCGUAUGUGAUAUAGAUUGAAGAGCGCAUAGCGCCCUGGUCGCGCGAAUUCACGCGGAUCUGCGAGGCGCGCGGCGAACGCGGCUUCCACCCGCGGCCUGAUCGUUUACCCGGCCUGACUUCGCGCGUAUGGCGCGCCUGCUCGACCUCAUGCUCAAGCUGCCCCAAAGUUCGAUCACUCGGCGGCGGUGGUUUCACCAGGUGAACCGGUAUCUCGUCGCGUUCCUGCUCGGGACGCUCUUCAUCGUCCUGUGCCUGAGCUACCUGUCGGCAGGGUCAUGCGAGCGGGACCGGCGGGCGGUGGAGAGCAAGCCCAGGUACCGGCUGAUCGUGCUGAUCCUGAGCGGCCUGGACAACCUCGAGCGCCGUAACACCAUCAGGAAGACCUGGCUGGGCGCUCGCGACGCCACGGUGAAGCACUUCUUCGUCGUCGGCACCCAGGACAUCCUGCCGGAGCAGAGGAACACCCUGCAGUCGGAGAAGCAGAAGUUCGACGACCUGCUGCUGCUGCCGCGGCUGCAGGACUCGUACGGCACGCUGACGAAGAAGGUCCUCCACGCCCUGAGAGACGUCCACGAGCGCUACGACUUCGACUACCUGUUGAAGUGCGACGACGACUCCUACGUGUUGGUGCACAAGAUCCUGAAGGAGCUCGACAAGUGGCAGAGCAAGGGCACCCGGCGCGAGCUCUAUUGGGGCUUCUUCAACGGACGGGCGCAGGUGAAGAGGAGCGGACCCUGGAAGGAGACCGAUUGGAUCCUGUGCGAUUACUACCUCCCGUACGCCGUGGGCGGAGGAUACGUUCUCUCCUACAAUCUCGUCAAGUUCAUCGCCAGCAACGCGGACAUCCUGAAGUUGCACAAUUCCGAGGACGUCUCCGUCGGUCUGUGGCUCGCGCCGCUGGCGAACAUCGAGAGGAAGCACGACGUGCGCUUCGACACGGAAUACCGGUCGCGCGGCUGCUCCAAUCAGUACAUAAUCACGCACAAGAUAACGGUCCAGAAUAUGAUGAGUAUGCACGACUACUAUCAGACCUCCUUGGGCGCGCUGUGUCCCAAGGAAGUUCGGAAUCGCAUGAGCUAUCAGUACAAUUGGACCGUACCGCCCAGUCAGUGCUGCAACAGACAAUCCGGCAUCCCUUAACGCGACGCUGGGUGGAAGAUUUCUGCAAGAGUUCUAGUCUGGUUUUUUGAUACUUGCUCAAAAACCACAUUCUCACGUUGAUCUCACGUACUCAUAAUGGCCUAUAAACUAAUUCUAUUUAUAUUCUAACUUGUCUAACCUUCAUUGAAAUCAAAUGCCACAAAAGCGUAGCCGUAGUUUCCAAAAGUAAGCAAUUUAAACAUUAAUUGAAGAAAGUGUUUGCGAGAAGAUUAUAGCAAAUUCCGCGAAAUUUCUUCGGCAGAAUUAAAGCGACUUUAAAUCUAGAUUUUAUUCGUUAUACUCGAGUAUAAUUGCACGCGGCAGCGUUAUUAAUAUAAUUAAUUGAAAACGCUUGUAAAUAUAUUUUGUAAAUACUCGGUGACGAGCAGAUAGACAUUAGACGAGAUAAGUUUGGUGAACUAAAUAUAUAUAUAUAUA